CAAAACACUUGCGCAAUAGGUUUCCACCAAAUCUUUCGCUGAGCUUUGCACUUCAACCCUAACAACAUGGACGAAGAAACCAAGAGACCUCGUGACAGCUCAGUUCACAUCCUCCUGAUUGGUGCGUCUGGCUCUGUGGGCAAGCUCGUGCUGGAACAAGCCUUAAGCAGAGGCCACGCUGUCACAGCCCUCGUCCGGAAUCCGGACUCUCUCGACUAUGUUCGUGGGAAACCCGCCUCCGAGAACCUCACAGUCCUCCAAGGAACUCCGCUCAACAAAGACGACUUACAAAAGGCAAUCUCGCACAUCAAAACGCAUCCCCGACCGGCCGUAAUCGUCACACUGAACAACACGGCCAAAAGUGCCCAGGACCCUCCUCCUCCAGGUCAAUGCCCACCACAUCUUCAAUACGACGUCCACAAGCUUCUCCUUCCGCUCAUGUCGCAGCACCAGAUCAACAAAUUGGUUGUGCUGCAAGCUCUGGGCGUAGGGUCUUCGUGGCCCAAUCUCGCUUUGCCUAUUCGCCUGGCGGUCAAGUAUACGUCUGUGCACUUCAGCUGGGAUGACCACGCCGACGUGGACAGGUUUGUGAAGGCCUAUGGUGAUGACAACGAUGUGCAGGGACACAUCAAGUGGGUAUUGGUGCGCAGUUGCAUGUUCAGCAAUGGACCCGCAAAAGAGGCCCAUUGCUAUGGUGAGGAUGGAGUAGGGUUGCCGUGGUUCCCCAGUAUUUCUCGUGCAAGCGUGGCCAAGUUUCUGUUAGAUUCGUGCGAGAACGAUGUGUGGGACAAUAAGACACCUGUGGUUGCGAACAAUGCUCCAAAAAGGUAGAGAUGGAGGUGGACUCCUUGGACAACUCCCAUAGGUUCAUAUGAAGCGAAAUACUGUUGACGAUGUGAUAUGCGCAUGUAAUUCAAAACAGUAAUAUCCACUGAAUAUAAAAAUGACUAGCCAUUCACAAACAUCACGACAAUAGAGCCAGG